AUGGCGACACUUAGCAGAUCGUCGCGCAGACCCGAAGACAACGCACUACAUCACCAUCAUCACAUUGUCGGCAGGCCGACCGCCACGCACCACCACCUCAUGGCGACCUCGGCGGCACGCGCCAACACCGCUGCCGCCGCUCUCGCCACGCAAACCAAAAUAUCCUCUCUCGAGGCGCGAGCGGACGCGUCAAGCGGGCCCUCGAUGCGACCGAUUGCGACCCCGAUGAUAAGCCAGGAGAAGGUUCGGAAUGGGAUCCAGCAUGAGCUUGACAGGCUACAGCCCGCCUCCGCCGAUGCGAAACCCGAGGGCCGCAAGCUGAGGUCCCAGGAGACUAUACGGUUCAAGAGCGAGCUGUCGACGUACUUUCCAGAGUACGACGAAGUCAUUGGGAACGAUCCCAAACAAUCUCAUCUCCUGAAUCUCGAAACUCCAAUCAUCAUAGUCGAGUCCGCACAUCCUCUACUAGAAACGUCAGAGACCGCAAAGACAAACGCCCGGAAGCGGCCUCUCAAAGAACAAGCCUCACACGACACAGGCUCCUUGACCGAUAAUCUUAAUAUUGUGCAGCACUAUGGGGACGCGUUAUUUGACGAUUUAUAUGAUUCGCAACGAAUCGAUUUCGGAUUUCUCGAAGCCAGAUUAAAGAAAAAGCUGCCGGAAGAUCCUUUGCUCGACACAUACUACGAGCCUACCCACAAGAAGGCUGAGCGGACGGAGAAGUCUAUUCGAAACCGAGAGAGGGGCGUGCCCAGCAUGAGCGUGAUCGCAUCAUCCGGCUGCUUGAUGGCCUCCAAGGCCAUGACUGGCUUAGGAUCAUGGGCUAUCCUGGAUAAGUUCCGUCGAUGGACCCUCGAAGAGAAGAGGCGCAAGCUCGACCGUGAGCGCAAGGAAGCGGAGCAGAGUGAACCACAGCCUGCCUCUGGCAUGCUGCGGAGCGGUUCGUCCGCCCCUCGCGCCGAGGACGAACCCUCAGGUGCGGGCGAUGACGCCUCUGUUGUGAGCGAUCCCAAUAGUGAUGUGGACGCUUCCAUCGCGAAACAGCUGCAGGAGGAAGCGUUAGCAAGGGCCCAAGCAAGCAGUGAGACAAAGCAGCCCGCGAAGCGUUUGCGUGGCAAGGCGGCUGCUGCGAAACCCACUACGGCGUCCACAAGCAAGACAUCGGCUGCCAGGAAGCCCGCGGAGCCAGUGGCAACCAAGCCUCCCAAAGAAUUUACCUCAUUCUUCAAGAAGAAGCACGAGCGCGAUGCGGCCCUUAGCCGGGGACGCAGAUCAGGUCGUAAGAUUCUUGCUUGGGGCCUCCCGCUCCCCGAUAUGCCCGAGGCCGAAUUUGAUCUCCUGACGAUUUCAAAGAUUUCGAGGGUGCUAAUAAGGGCUGCGUAA